GUUUUGAUCUGCAGUCAGCUGAUGGACCAUCUACAUUGCAAAGUAAAGAGGGUGCUGACAUCUUCUUCGUUCUCUAAAUUAAAUUACUGUUGUUGAAGUGAGAAAAUGUCAACAAUAUCAACGGAGGUCAACUUGGCGAACCAGGUCUGAUUGGGACCUGAAUGAAUGAAACUCUCAAGAGCUAACAUUAAUGAUUAACUAGCCAAUGAGGACGCUAGCUAGCUAACGUUAGCUACCGGUAACGUUAGUUGACAGAACGUUGAUGUUGUAGCUAUAAAGGACUAAACUCAAUCGUGUAAUUCAAGGAUAUGACUUGGGAUCAGUGAAAUAACCAUGGAAACGCCUGAGUUACCUCUUGAGAUCAUCACCUACAUUCUGAGUUUCCUCAAAGCGUCAGACAGAAAGGAAGCCUCUCUGGUCUGCAGGAGCUGGUAUGAUGCCAGCCAAGACCUCCAAUUUCAGAGAAAUCUCACCUUCAAGUUCCCAGCCUCUAUCUCCUCCCUGGAUCUGAUCCGGGGCCUGAGUAGGCGUUCCAGCUGCAGCCUGGUCAUCAGCCACCUGGAUGGCUCCAGUAUGUCCCGGGCUAUGCUGCAGGAGAUAGGGCUUCACCUGGGCCCUCGGCUGGAGAGCCUGGCCCUGCCGGGGAGCAGCGUGACCGAGUCUUCCCUCCUGGCCCUGCUGCCCCACCUGACAGCCCUACGCAGGCUGGACCUCCGUGGCCUGGACAGCCUCUUCAUGUCUGGAGCCUUCCUGUCCAGAGAGGAGCACCGCCAGCAGGUUCGGGUAGCUUUAGCAGAUCUUAAGGAACUGGAUCUCUCUGACCUGCGCUACCUAUCAGACCUCACCUUUAACCGGCUAACAGGCUGCACUCCCAGACUACGCCGUAUCUCCCUGGCUGGAUGCCACAUCGCCUUUGAGUUUGACCCGUACCGUGGCUGCCCUGUGGGGCCUGACUCCUCUGCCCUGCUCUCCCUACGGAACCUCCGCAGGCUGCUGCAGGAGCAGGCCUCUACAGUGCGUGGGUUGGACCUGAGCAGAACCAGCAUCACCCCAGAGUCACUGCGCUCUGUGGCCCAGGUGGAGGGCCUGUCUCUGGAAGAGCUGCGUCUGCGGGGCUGCAAGGAGCUGACAGACUACUCUGUAGAGGUGCUCUGUAAGCACCAGCCUGGCCUCCAGAUCCUGGACCUCAGCGCCUGCACAGAGCUCACCAGCCGGGCUGUACUAGCUGUGGCCCUGGGCCUGAAGAGCCUCCGGCUCCUCUCUCUGUCCCGGGACUGGAGGGUGAAGGAUAAAGGCCUGGCUGACCUGAUGGUGCUGCCGGAGCUGAGGACCCUGGAUCUGUCUGAGUGCCUGCACGUCAGUGGGGCCGAGAUAGUGAAAGGGCUCUCUGCCCCGGAGCCCAGGGCACGGCUGGAGACCCUCAGCCUCAAGAGCUGCACCUAUAUCAGGGACCUGGCUGUGUUCUCUCUGGCUCAGCUGCUGGGCUCCAGUUUGAGAGAGCUGGACCUCACCUCCUGCAUCUACCUCACAGACCUGAGUGUGGGUGCUAUCGCCACCUACCUUCCCGGGCUGGUUGUUCUGCGACUGGGCUGGUGCAAGGAGAUCACAGACUGGGGGCUGCUGGGCAUGGUGGAGCCCACCAAGGAGUGUGAGCCAAGCAAAGAAAUGGAGUACAAGGGGCCCAGCUUCACCCGUACCUUUGGGAACAUGGGUUUCUUCCGGCCUCCCAGCAUGCCCUUCCAGGAGAAGCCUCGGCUGGUGACGGACGAGGACCUGGGGGUGUUCAGGGAACAGGAGGGGGCCUCACUGCUGGCCCUCAGGAGCCUUCAGGACCUCGACCUGUCUGCCUGCUCCAAACUCACCGACAGCAGCAUCACACAGGUGCUGCGUUAUCCAGACCUCCAGCGCCUCUCUCUCGCCAUGUUGCCUGAGAUCAGUGAUGACAGCCUGGCGUCGGUGGCCUACCACUGUCGCAGCCUCACCAGCCUGGAACUCAGCCACUGCCCCCACAUCAGCGACCAGGGUAUCGCCCGUGCAGCCCCUUACCUCGCCAGGCUGCAGCACCUCUACCUGUCCUGCUGCAACACAGUCACAGAUAGGUCUCUCUCCAUGCUCGUCCAACACUGUAAGAGACUGCGGACAUUGGACAUCUCCAUGUGUAAACACAUCUCCCUAACAACGGUUGAGCUCCUUCAAUCACAGCUUCCAUUCAUAGAGAACGUCCACUGCCGCUUUGUGGGUGGAGCUGACCUGACCCUCACACUCUGAUUUUUUUCUCUCCAGAAACGUGCUGCUUGAAUCACAUUUCAGUAAUUGCAUUAUGCACCUACCUGCUCCUAUUAUCCAGAGUUUAUUUGUAAUAGAUUCAGUAGUUUAUCUUAGUUUCAACCCCUGUGAACCCUAAUACUGGCAGGUUCCAGCAGUUAGACACUUAGUAGGACUCAUAUGGCCAAUUUCUUAGACUAAAAUUGUCUAGUGCUGGAUUCAAAAUCCUUCUCAUUGGAGAAUCUCCCAUGAGCAGACGAAGCACAUUCGGAUUGGUCCUCUGUAGCUCAGCUGGUAGAGCACGGCGCUUGUAACGCCAAGGUAGUGGGUUCGAUCCCCGGGAC